UACUAGACCACGCCCACGCAUAGACUGCCUGCUCCUGCAGAGAUAGAGAUAGAGGGAAGAAAGGUGAAGUGAUAAAGAGAGAGAAGGUUCCCUUUCUGUCAGCUCUUCUCUCUACUCCUGGACACUAAUAGCUCAGGUCUCUCAAUCUAAUCCUCUCCUUCUCUUUCUUGAGAUUACAAUGGACUCUGAUGACACUAAAGAGAAUGGACCACAGUCUAAGAAGCCUCCGGUUGUUCAACCUAAGCCCAAACCACGCCCAGGGUCUGCCCCUCGUACUGUUAGGGUAACACCCUCCAUCACUGACCUUGGGAAGAAACCUUCUCUGACUUCAAACGGAUCGAAACAUGAAGAGCCCAACGACGAGGAGACUGAAAAUGUUGAUGAUAUUGAGCUUAAUCCUGAGAGUUUGGCACAAUUCAGUAAAAUAGAUUUUGAUGCUGUGCAACGCUAUUCAAUGCUGGACACAGCUGCCCAGAGACAGAAAGCUUACCUCGGCCACGGGAAAGGACUCCAGCAAAGGAGGCUCCCUGGGCACCUGGCUCACAAGGUUGGAGAUGAUUAUUAUGAAAAGAGAAAGUCGUACGACCCCAAAGUCCUCCUGGAGGCCUCAUCUCAUGACUUCACCAGUAGGAACAGGAGCAUCACUAGUGCUGCCAUCAUAGAGAGUAGCCCUCCGCAGAGCGAGGAAGAGAGAGAGAAACAGAUAUUAGCAAAGGUGGGUGUGCCUCAGGGUGGGGCUAUAUCAGGCCUGGCCCAGUUGUUCAAGAAGAACUCUAAGCUAUCCCGUAGUGCCAGCAGUGGCAGUAAGGACAGGCUGGAGGGGCCCCCUGCCGUAAAAGCUAAACCGAAUAAGAAAUCUUCAAAUACAAGUUCACCUGACAUGUCACGCUUAAGAAAUGUUGAAGCCUCUCCUCGUUCAUCAUUCAAGUUCUUUAAGAAGAAGAAGGGGCGGAAUCAAGAUGGAGAUGAUAUCAGUCAACGUUCGGUCGAUGACCUUCAGUCAGAGACCUCCAGCCUCUCCAGCAUGAGCAGGAUAUCAAUCAAAGAAGAAGAAGGAGACAAGGCAGAGUCUCCCAGCCAUGAGCCAGCCACUUCUCCUCAGCACUCAUCAUCACCACGGCAACCAGUAUCUAUUGAAACCACUCCCAGUCGACCAGACCCAUCUCCUCUUGGAGUGACGUUACGGAGCCCAAAGGAAGGGAAUAGUAGCAGCAGCCGCGUUGACUCACUUCUGUUUAAGGAAGAGGUUCCAUCAUUGUUUAAUGAUGACUCGAUGCUGCUCGACAGUGAACUGACUAGCUUGUUGGAUAAAACAAAAACUGAUUUUACGAGCAAAGAAAAGAAGCAGGAGGAGCAAAAGGAAGAAGAGAAAGAGAAAGAGAGAGUAGCUCCACCCUCUGCUAGCAGGUCUACUGGGCCUGCUGGGUCUAUUGAGGUAUCAAAGUUGGGAGGGCCGGAGAAGCCGUUAAGAAAGACUCGCUCUUCAAAAGUGAAUGUAUCAGCUUAUGAUAGAGCAGCAGCUGAUGCUAUAAGGAAUGUGAAGGAGAGAGAGAAAGAGAGAGAGAAGGAGAGAGAGGAAGAGAAGAAAAAGAAGGAUAAAGAUAGACUAGUCCUUUUUGAAGAUGAGACAGAGUCCAGAAAUAAGAUGGAGGAAAAGAAAGAAGACAAGAUGCCAUCAGCAAAAGACAAAGCCAAAUCACUUUUUGACGAUGACCUGUUCCAAGACAUCAAAGAGAAGGAGAAAGAGAAGAAGCCGACAGCUGCCAGCCUGUUUGAUGAAGAUCUGUUUGAAGAGAAGCCACUUACAGCAGCUCCUACUGACACUAAAGAACCUCCAAAAGAGCCUGAGCCUAGCAAAGACAUAAAGUCAAUCAUUGGAAGAAGAGAGAAGUCACCAUUAUCACCAAAAAGAGACACAUCAGCAAAGAAAGAUGACAAGGGAAGUAGCUCAUUGUUUGGAGAUGAUGACAAGUUUGGCAGUAAAAUAACUGGAUCACCAUCUUUUGGACGGAGGAAGAUCGAGAACAAGUUACCAAUUGGAGCAGCAGCAAAACUAGUGACGGCCACUGAAGACCCACUGAGUGAUAAUACAGUGACCACACCUACUGAUAAACUAACCACACCCACUGAUAAACUGACCACACCUACUCCAGUUAGUCCUAAAGCUAAGAAACUCCCUCCUAAGCCAAAACCAAAGCGAAUUAACGUACCAUUGUCCCCGGCCAGUGUCUCACCUGUGUCACCAUUGUCACCAGCUGACAAGAACCAUAAACUCACUGAAGACAAGGGGUCCGGUUUUGACAAGGGGUCUGAAGCAGAGAAAGGAGAUAAAAUUUCUGAAGCAGGAAAGAGUUUUGAUACAGAUAAGGGGUCCAGUACAGAUAAGGGGUCCAAUACAGAUAAGGAGUUCAGUACAGAUAAGGGGUCCGGUACAGACAAGGGGUCCAGUACAGAUAAGGGGUCUGGUACAGAUAAGGAGUUCAGUACAGAUAAGGGGUCUGGUACAGAUAAGGGGUCGAAGAGAUCCAGUACUGAUAGGGGGUCAGGUACAGAUAAAGGGCCUGAAUCAGACAAAAUUUCUGAUUCAACCAGCAGUUUUAAAGAUGACAAGAGUUCUGAAUCAAAUAAAAAUUCUGAAUCAAGCAGCAAGGUGACCAGUACAGAUAAGGGGUCUGGUGCAGAUAAGGGGUCUGGAUCAAGCAAAGUUAGUUUAGAUGAUUCUAAAGAUAAGCGUUCUGAGACACAAAAUAAAAAAGAGGAGGAUGUCCCAGCCUGGAAGAAGCGUCUUGAGGAGAGACGAAGACAAAAAGAAGAAAAGGAAGAGGAGGAGGAAGUGCCAGCUUGGAAGAGACGACUGGAGGAGAGACGGAAGCAAAGAGAAGCUGAAGGGAAGCAGCAGGAGAAGAAAGAAGAGAUACCAUCAUGGAAGAAAAGAGCUGAAGAAAGAAGAAUGGAAAGAGAGAGAGAGGAAGAGGAGAAGAAAUUAGGAGGAGGAGGAGGAGCUGGUGGUAAAACAAAAGAGAAAACAACUUCAGGAGGUGAGGAGAAGAAGACUGAGAAAAAGGAAGAGAAGAAAAUGGAGGAUAGUAAGAAGAAAAAUGAAGAUGAAGAAAUGCCUCCAUGGAAGAAAAGGCUAGAGGAGAGAAGGAGACAGAGAGAGGGAGAGACAACAGCAGCUGCCACUGGAGGCAGUUCAAAGAAAGAAGAAGUACCAAGUGCUACUACCAGCAGCAGCAGUAAGAAUAAACCAGGAGAAAUGAAACAAGACAAAGAAUCAGAAAAUGAAGAGGACAGUGUCCCUGGUUGGAAGAAGAGGCUGGAAGAGAGGAAGAAACUGAAGGAGGCAACUAAACCAGGAGGAGCUGAUAAAGAGACUCUCACUAGCAAAGAAGAAGCUAGACCUAGCGAUACAACACAAGACAAGAUCAAACCAAAGGAGAAACCUAAACCCUCUCCUGUAUCAAUAACACCUCUUACCAAAGAAGAGGAUAAUAAAACCACACCCAAAUCAGCCACACCUAAAUCAGCCACUCCCAUUGAUAAGGAGAUGUCCCCAACAGAUAUUGACCCGUCGCUCCCUCAAUGGAAGAAAGACCUCAUUCUUAAGAGACGACUUGGAGGGGGACCACCUCCGUCACCAAGGAAACAGUUGCCUAGCGACAGUGAGAAGAAGGGAGAGGGUGGAGUCCCAGCUUGGAAGAAAGAAUUAUUAGCAAAAAGAAAAGACACUGAGGUUUCAUCUCCUAUCAAGAAAGGAACAAGUGAAAAGGAAGUCCCAAAUUUCAUGAAAGAAUUUCAAAUGAAAAAACGAACAUAGUAUUCUCAUUCUAUUGUACAUGCAUUGUUCUGGUCUUCAUUCUCUAGUAUUAUAAUAAUGUUGCUCUGUUUUUACCAGUCAA